GGUUAUUAAUUACGAAAUUCAUCGGUGAGGAUGAUACAAUGUCGACCGAGAACAAUUCACGGUGUCCCCGUUGAAACGGACUAGCGUUCGCUGUUGGAUGAAAAUGUGAUUUCCAUGGAACUCGAGGCGAUCGUGUCUGAUAGCAGAGAACAUGGAGAAACGGAUAACGACCGGCUGUGCGUCGAUUUCUUUGGCAGCCACGUUCUUGGGAAUACUCUCUGUCGCGGUCUGCCAAAGUGUUUGCCCCGCGAGAUGCUCCUGCCACUUAACCCAACAGCCGAGAACUGUCAUGUGCGCGAAACAAGCCUUGGAAACGUUCCCCGAAAAUAUCAGCGACGUGGUGGAACAAUUAAAUUUAUCGAACAAUCUGUUGACGCACAUCACGAGUGAUAUUAAUCGACUGAUAGAUCUGCAGUACCUGAAUCUGGCGAGGAACAAGCUGAGUUCAUUGCCCGACGACAUUAGUCACUUGAGAAGCCUGCGGAGAUUGGAUUUGAGCGGUAACGAAAUACACGAGACCGUCAAAAUUAGUUCUCUGGACCAACUGCCGUCUUUGAGGAUUCUCUAUCUGUCCAAAAAUCCGUUACCCGGUUUAGACGGUUUGGUAAACAAAGGACUUGAAGCUCUGGAUGCUAGUCAUUGCGGAAUACGAGAACUUAGUAACACAUCUCUGGACGGUCUGCCAGCAUUAACUACGCUAAGCUUGGUAGGAAACCCUUUGAAAUUCAUUCAGAAAGCGUGGAGUCCAAAACUACGGUGGCUCGAUAUGUCCGACUGCCUUUUGAAUUACUUAAGUCCCGAUACUUUCAGCGGAUUUCCAGAGCUUGAAGAGCUUCGACUGUCCAACAAUCCCACGUUAGUCUACAGCACCAGACACGAGACACUCAACCAUUUGAAGUUGAAAAAGUUCGACGCGUCGAAUUGCAAUUUGGAUAGACCGGGUCUCCAUGGAUUCCCGUCGUUGACUCACGCUCGAUUAGCCCGUAACACGAUACGAUUGUUGCCCGAUCGUAUUUUUGCUAAAAACAGGGAACUCGGUUUCCUGUACUUGAACGCGAACGGCCUGGAACGUUUGAACGCCAGCACUUUCGAAGGCUUAGUGAAGCUCCAAGUGCUGGACCUGUCGGCUAACAACCUGGAAACGAUUGAUCCGUUGGCGUUUCACGAAAACUUGGAGCUGAAGAUGCUAAAUCUCUCCUACAACAACGUGUACGAGUUUCCAAAUCUCACGUCGUCAGCCUCGUCACUGGACAUGUCGUCGAAUCAAAUUAGCAAGCUGAGCAACAACUUUCUGACGAACAUGCCAAAGAUAAGGAGCAUCAUCCUGAGCGACAAUCAAUUGGAAAGAAUACCACCCACUCUCUCGUCCACAACGCUGAAGAAUUUCGACCUGAGACGGAACAGACUGGUGGGAUUGGACAACGACACCUUCCUCCAUUUGCCGCAACUCAUAAGGAUCGACUUAUCAGGAAACCGUUUGACGGUGGCUUUGAAUCCAGAAAUAUUUCGAAACAAUCCAGAUUUGAACACCAUCAAGCUAGGAGAUAAUCCGUGGCUUUGCGACUGCAAGGAAUUGUUCGACCUGUUCAACUAUUUGACGGAAUCGCCAGCUAAGACAUCGGAAUCGAGUUUGAUCUGCCAGAGCCCGGUGAACGUGUCCGGUUACUCGUGGGAAAUAGCUUGUUUCGAUGCGUGGAACGUACCCUUGUACUACAGCAAAGACAAGACUUGGGGAUUCGUAAUGAUCACUGUUCUAACGGUUAUCGUUCUAUUUGGAAGCUUCGUCUCCAUCAGACACAUGAUGAGAGUCAAGAGAAGGGCUAUGGAACAGAGGCAACAUCUAGAAACAUUGAGACUGAUACGACAAAGAAGUAGGAAUCACGUUGUGCGACAAGAGGAGCGCGUCGAACGGACUUCGGAGCCCAGAAUCCACCCUUUCGAGUUAAUUGGCCCACCUAGUUACGAGGAGGCUAUGCAGAUGCCACGAUUGGUUCGUUCUCUGGACAAUUUGGAUGAAAUUUCUGUAGAGACGACGUCUAUGCGUGUGAUGGGUUCCGCGGAUAAUAUAAGGAUCAAACAGAGAAGGACGAGGAGGCUAAGGACGAAGAUUCUCAGCGAGGACGAUUUACUCAGAAGAGAAGAACGUCGAAUAGAGAGAAUCAGGAGGGAAAGGAACGCCUCCGCUGGUAACGUCGGGACCGAUUUAUCGCAGAGUGCUAGUCAAACAAAUUCCAGAUCUUACGUGGCACGGGUGCCUAGAACGCAGAGCGUGAUGAGCGAUUCCGUAGACUCUGGAACCGGAAGACUUCAAUCCAGACCACAGACACCGAGCGCAAAGAAAAAAAGAAGAAGACGGACGGUGUACGAUGGACACUCGUCCGACGACGAAGAUUCCGACAUGCCACACGUCCAUUCGUCCAGAUCGAUCGUUAUCAGGGAACUUCGUAGGGAACCUAAAAGCGGCUACAGAGAGCCCACGGAUCCAGACUCGUAACAGCCCAUAAAGUCAUGGGAAAAACGAUUCCCACGAGGAAUUUUUGUGAAAUAAAGAAGUGUUACAUUUUGAUAUUUCUAAAGUACUCGCGACCGAAAAUCCUUCCAAAAAAACUCUUGAUCGCGAGCAACGCCGUGCUAAUGGCUGCUUAGUAACUGUUUCUUAAGACAUGAGAGAAAAUUGUACUCUGAAAAUUUUCGAGUCAGAAAUGUAUCGAUCGUAGAAUAUUUGAACAAAAUUAAAAACUCUGUGAGUAUGUUCGAACGCUCGACAAAACUUACUGCUCCUCGUUACACGUCACGUGCUGUGGAAGUGAUCUCACUUUAUUGUUUGAUCAAAUUUUAAACAAGAUUGAAACCUGGUAAGAACGAAGUCGUACAAGUAUAAAAUUACGGUAAUUGCACGCCAACCCGUAACGAUUAACAACAGUUUCGCGCUGAACACAAUUAUAUACUUGAUCGUAUCGAUGUAUCGUUUACCGCGAUACAUGAACCGAAGUAAAUGAUAAUAAGUCGUCCAAAACGUGCUAAUCUCUUAAAUAACAGUCAACACCGUCAAACAAAUACUAGGUGCUGGUACAAAAUAAUAUAACAUUACCAAGUAACCUUACAUAUUUAUUGGGAAUACGUGUUAUCUGCGAAAUUAUUAUGACACAGCGCCUUUCGUUCUAAGUGUGACUCAUAAUUACC